UCCGUCGCGGGUUAGUCACCAGUGGUGGUGCAUUAAAUAUCGCCUCUCGGUCGUUACCGGUACGAUCGCGUGAAGUUUAAUUUUCGGAAACCUUUUUAGGUUUUACGAAAAGCGAUAUUUGGAAGUGUUUUUUUGGUGUUUAAGGGUAUUUUUCAAUAUAUAAUUAUUAGUGUUAGAGUGUAAGCGUAUAAAAAUGAGGGUACCCGUUACCACGACACGUAUUUCUUGAUCACAAAUGGGAUAUGGUGGUUUUUCUAUUGGAACCGUGGCGAUUUUAUUAUGAUGAUAUUAAAGCUCAUAGACGUUUUCUUGAUAAAGUAACUUGCCUUUCUUAUUCGUUCUUUUAAAUUUUAAUUAAUUACAUUCCGGAUACCAAUUUGAGUGCGAAUAAACAUUAUAUACGUGUCCCAAAGUAAAAUACAAUAAAUAAAGAAAAUUACAUUUUGAUCAAACUACUAUUACAAUACAAACCAUGCAACUCCGGCUCGCUUUAACAUGGCUAAUGGCGUUACACUGGAUCUCUUAUACAGACGGUUCGAUAGAUUCGCCUUCACAAAGCGGCAAUCUAAACUACUGGGAACAACCAUACUCGCAACCUUACUUUGACAACGGCACCAAUCGAGACGUGACCGCAACUGUGGGACAGAUGACAUACUUGCACUGCAGAGUGAGGAAUCUUGGUGAUCGAUCAGUGUCUUGGAUCAGAAAACGUGACCUGCACAUUUUAACGGUUGGCAUACUUACAUAUACCAAUGAUCAGCGUUUCCAAUCGCUUCACUCGGACGGGUCCGACGAGUGGACUUUAAGGAUAACGUCUCCACAAAUCAAAGACUCUGGGACUUACGAGUGUCAAGUGAGCACCGAGCCGAAGAUCAGUCAGGGAUUCCAGCUAAAUGUAGUCAUAUCAAAAGCCAAAAUCAUCGGCAACACGGAAAUAUACAUUCGGAGCGGUAGUGACAUCAACCUGACAUGCGUGGUCUUAGAAACUCCAGAUCCGCCUAGCUUUAUCUAUUGGUACCGCGGCAAGGACGUGAUCAACUACUCUGGCCGCGGAGGCAUUAGUGUAGUAACCGAAAAACAGACUCGCACAAGUCGUUUACUCAUAUCAAAGGCCCAACCACCGGACACAGGCAACUACACGUGCGCACCGUCGGCGUCUGACUCGGCCAGCGUCACCGUGCAUGUCCUUAAUGGCGAACAUCCAGCCGCUAUGCAACACGGGAACAGCAGCAACAGUGCGGUAACCAGGCUACUGCCCAUAUUUCUGUUGAUCGUCUGCCAUUCCAUUCAAGUGCUAUUAGUUACCGAUGUCUACGUUCCAGCAGGAGCAGUAAAGCCGUCUAGAUGAACGGUAUCGAGUGUUUCAAAUCAAUACGAUAUAUUUUAGAAGAGCUACCAACAACAGAAGACACUUGGAAACGGUGAAUUUUUCACUGAAAAUGAGAAAAUCAGCCUUAGUUCUAAUAUUCAAUACGACGUAUUUCAAAUUGUAAUUCAUUUAUACUGAACAUUUAUACAAGCAAAAUAACAAAUGCCAAAUGUUCAAAAAUGUACGAUAAGAAAAUCGUACACAACAUUUAAAUGUACCAUCGAAUUGCUCGUUACCAACAAGACAACUCAUGUAAAUAACACUUACAACAAAAUAUAACCUGUAAAUACUUUUUACAACAUUUUACAAAUCGUUCCUUGUUGCUAAGUUCCACUAACCAAGUACCUAUUAAAUAUUGUGUUUAUAAAAUAUUAUGUAGCUAUGACUUGUCAAAAUAUUAGCCAUUCGUAUUUAAUGUACAUAAAGGUACAAUAAUUUUAUUAUAUAUAACUUAUUACAAUAUAUAUGUAUACAUAUAUAUAAUUUGUUGUAUAACUAAUUAUACAAAAUA